AUUCAUACCACAUCGAGGGCAGCGGACGCUUUUCACGACGGCAAAUAACAAAUUUACGAUCCGAGAAUUCAUAAUAUUUUUUUCUAUUAAAAAUAAAAAUAGUAAUACAUAUAAGAAAACAGUGUCACCUCACCUACGAAGUGUAUGUUUGAGUGUGGUGUUGUCUAAGAAUUAUGACAUUUAUAACUUUAAGUUUACGAUUGCAACUAAUUUUAUGGACUGUUAGAGAAUCUUACUGCCUUAAAAACAUAGAAAUAAAAAUACCCGAUGCCGCCGAGAGGAAUGCUAAAGUGGUUUUGGAAUGUCAUUUCGAAUUGGAAAAACAAAAAAUGUACAUUGAGGAGUUAUACCAGGUGAAAUGGCAUCAUGAGAAUGUGGAGUUUUGUCGCUACGAGCCUCGUAGUGUGCCGCCAUUGAAGAUUUUUCCUAUUGAUGGAAUAGAUGUUGUAAGGGAAGAAACCACAGAACAGAAGCUGACAAUAAUCCCCAGAAGCCGCGGCGCUGCGCAGGGACACUACAUGUGCGAGGUGACGGCUGAUUACCCAUCUUUUGAAACGUUACGGGCUUUGAGACACAUGUACAUUGUCGAUUUGCCAAAAGAUUAUCCUGAACUGACGGAUUUGAAAAGAAAGUACAAGCUGGGAUCAAAAUUAGUAGCAAACUGUUCCAGUGAAGAGUCCCUGCCCGCUGCCAACCUGACAUUCUUCGUCAACGGUUUCCCGGCACGGCCUCAACACAUAUAUCGUCGAGUUGACGGCGUCUCGCCGAGUGGUCUGAUGAGCUCAUACAGUUCUCUACAGUUCACUGUGCAGAGACGACACAUAAACAAAGAAUUAAAAAUAAAGGUGAAAUGUGCGGCGUACAUAUAUUCGAUCUACUGGAGAACGAAUGAAAAGACGGCCAUGUUGGAUUAUACCCCUCCCACCACUACCCCAUCUGCAUGGAACCAACGCGAAGAGGCUCUAGAGAACAUAAAACCAAAACCGACUGCGGUGAAAGCGAAAGCAGAUUCGGCAGUUAUGAAUCGAGCGAAUGUCUACUAUCUUGUAUAUACCAUCUCAAUCACAUUACUGCUCCCUUCAGUUUUAAAGUAAAAUUAAUAAUAUAUUUAGAAAAAAUAUAUCAUUAAGUAUAGUAAUAAUUGUCCACAUGUGAACUUGGAGAUGAAUCAUCGCCGUAUCGGCUGCCACAUAUCCACUCGUAAAGCCUAAAGUCAAUCAAGUACGGAUCCACGGAAGGAAGGAACACGCAAACCUGCUCGAACUUAUGACAGUGUGUUAAUCAACAUUUUGUCGGGAGUGUCGCCACACAAACACCGCCGCCAUCCGAGCACUAGCUCCGUGUUUCCGAGCGAGACAUAUUGUUACCUAUCAAUGAUCUAUUUAUUUAACUUUAUAUAACAAAACCAUACUUGUAACGUUUCCUUAAAACAAAAC